AUGCACCCUCUAAACCCGUUUCUCCGUUCUUUUUUCCGGAGCUCCCUGCCGUCGCAAUGUGUUCCUGUAGAGAGCCAUAUCCUCCUGGUCCCUCUGACAGAGUCUCUCAUUAAUUCGCGGGAUCGAGAGUCAGGCGCGCAGUAUGCAGACCUGGUCACCUCGGAGGACUUUCUCGCCAGCCAUGUGCUACGGAUUACGGGCUCGCCCGGUUCGUCUGCAAUCAAAGAGGUUUCGACACUGCGAGAUCAGAAGGGGAAAGCAUGGCAGAUGGCAACGGCCAAUGGAAGGACGGUUGUCAUCAAAGAGUCGGUGGUCUACAGCAAUAAGGGGUUCAAGAUGGUCAACCAUGCUCAGCUGCUCAGUGACAUUCUCUACUCCUCGCCAAUCGAUAGCUCCCAGCAGUGGCUCAUCUACUACAUCUCUAAGCCUCUGGUUGGUUCCUACGAAUCGGGCCAGAUUGUCCAGGCUAUAGUCCCAGGCUCCUCCUUGGACAACAUAUCACUACGUCACGGUUCCGGACCAGAUCCAUCCAAUUACCACUCCAACUAUCAUCGUAAUGAAAUAUCCUCUUUCGGUGAUCUGCUUUCGAAGUUCCCCCUGAUUGCAAAACAGAUGAAGCCUGGCCUGGAUCGUCUCUUCCGUGAAUUUGGCAAAGAACUAGGAAAACCCCUUCCGCCACCACCUUCUGAUCCUCCUGUAACGCAGCCGGACCGCCCAGCAGACGGAGAUGAGGCGUACUCACACCGAAAUUCUAACCACCCCCUAUCAAUCGGUGCUUGCGAGCAGUUCGAGGAUGAAGAAGACAUGAUGAGAAAUGCCCUGGACACCGCAGUCACGGCGGCCAUAGAUAUAUUCCGCCUUGUCGACAAACAGCAGCUUUCCCUUCUUGGUGCCACAACCGAUCUUACCGGCCCGAUGGUCGAACGCCUAAUUGAGCGCUACGUCCUAGAGCAAGUUCAUGAUAGUCUUCUCUUCCCACGACUCCGCGAGUGUCGUCAAGCAGAUGACUUGGACCUUGAUCUGCGUGUACGCCAGAUGGAGAAUAUCGAUGUAUCCCAGGUGGGAAUACCCAUAGAAGGCGGCCACAAGGGCAGAGAAGAACUCAGGCGCCGUAUCGGAACAGCUGUUGAGGAGUUUAGAAAGAUAUCAGAUGCAAGGUGCCCACAGGACAUGCUUUCGAUAUUACUCAGGACUGUGAAGAUAGUCACUAUAGACCAGGCUUUAGGCGCCCCUGACAGUCAGACCGAGAAACCUUCUGUUCUUACUAUCAAUGCUGACGUGCUGGUUUCGUUACUACUUCUAGUUGUUAUACGAUCACAUGUACGGCAACUCUAUGCCAGGCUUCUAUAUAUGCAACGCUUUAUAUUUGUGGAUGAUGUUGAAUCGGGCGAGUCGGGAUAUGCAUUGAGCACGUUCGAAGGGGUCUUGAUAUAUCUCCAAAAUGACUCCGCCGGUCUCAGGAAAGCUAGCUCUAGGAACAAACGCCUUUGGACGGCAACUAAGCAUGGGAAGAUACCUGAAAUGACCGCGAUACUACAACCAGAACUUCAGGCAUCAAGCCCCAUUACCGAUGAGAAUGACUGUGAAAAUGUGCAACCAGACAACUCCAGCAGCCAAAAGAACAGUGAGCGUCAAUGGCCGGCGUUGAAUGGGCUUUCAAAAACCACUCAUAAAUCGGCCUUUUCUAUUUCCAACUCUGCUACUCAAGAUGAUGCCCCAGAAACGCCACGGCUCGCCCAUGUUUUCCCAUUUCAAACAUGGGCACAACAUACUACGACUAUAGAGCGACCUAAACCCCGGAAAAGGGUAUCAAUGGAUACAAGAAGCAUGUCAGAAUCGUCAACUAUCUCCUUCCUUUCUCGCUCUACGACAUUCGGGUCAAUAGCAGGCGGUAUCGAAGGUGAUACAUCAAUAGAGAGUCUAACUACAACCAAAGAUCCGUCCGGUCACUCAGUUCCAAUGAUGGCUGUCGAAGCGGGUCAGCCAGAAGCCCUAAGCUACUUGCUGGGUUUAAGUGAAUAUUAUCCCCGAGAAAGCAUACUUCAAGAUGUAAACAGUGAAGGAACCACGCUGUUGAGUGCCGCCGUCCAACUUGCCCAUACGGAAAUUAUCAACAUACUUAUUGAAUACCUCCUCCAAGAAAACCAGCGUGAUGUAGCUUCAUACCUUAUGAAAGCUGAUAAUAGAGGCCGCACUGUUGGACAUUACCUCUUCAACUCCCCCGACUUGCUCUCUCGCCUAGGAAGAUCCCUGCCUUGGACCCAGAGAGACAGGAACGGGCAAACACCUCUUUUCGCCCUAUGCAGGUCGUACGAUCACCCUGAUUAUAACUCCAUGGUCAAUGAGGCGCUCACUCUAGCAACCGAAGCUCAGGGUGAUGGAAAGCCACUUCGGCUCGACGACCAUGUCGAUGCGAAGGGCAAUACCCUCCUUCAUAUCGUCAGCGAUCCACAGAUACUACUAAGGAUGCUCAGGCAAUGCGAUGGAGACCCUAAUUAUACAAAUGACAAGAGGUUUACACCAUUAAUGGUAGCUAGCAAAUAUGGUCGUAUUGACCUCGUCAGGACCUUAUUUGCCGACCCUCGCGUAGAUGUCCACCUCCGAGAAUCUCGCGGCCUCACAGCAGUGGAACUCGCCAAAGACGAUGAAGUCAGAAACCGAAUAGAUGAUCUAGUGCUAUGCUCCAGCUCUCCGCCACCCUCACCUGAUGCAACCAAUCGCACUACAAGUGUGGUUAGGUCAUUAUUUGUUGAAGAUUUCGGGAUACGGUUCAUCAUCAAAUCCGGUGCACCUUCUAGUUCACCAUCGCCAAAUUCGAAGGCUACACGCACGACUACCUACACUGUUACAACUUGUCGACGUAGUCUUAAUGACUUUGAGAACCUAAUCCGUUUUCUUCGGGUGGAACAUCCCGCGUCAUACCUCCCUGAGAUGCCAGUUUUCCGAUCACCUUUUCAAAUACCCUCAAAACCCUCAAGGGCUGUUCUCCAUGACAUACAGGAACGAUUAGAUCGAUUGUUAAAAGUUUUACUAGCCCACCCAACCUUCUCGACCCAUGAAUUGCUUUGGGAGUUCUUCCUUGUUCCUGAGAUCCAGACGGAAAUGAUUGAUCAGCGGUCUGCACGUAAGGCUACAGUACUGGCCGAAUCAAUAAUGGACGAUUAUGAACCUGCGUCUGCAGAAGUCAUACGAAGUGCGCAGCAGAUCUUAUCCCAUGCGGAGGAUGCAGUUCAAUCAGUCAGCGAAGGCACCCGCAACUUGAUUUGUUGCGGAUAUCUGUUACAGCAUGCAUCUACCGACCUUGCAGAUGCCCUUUUCCUCUGCAGCUCCAUGAUUUCAUCCCUUCAACCACCAGCCAAUGUUCUCCCCCAUCACUAUGUCCGCGCCUUCCACCGCUUCGUAUCAUCCUUCAACCUUUCGUCGACUGAUUCCUCGCCACUGAUUCAGUUUUUGGCCGCACUCAUAUCAUCUCAGAAUACCACAACAGCAAUGCUCACUUCCCUCUCUCGGCCCAACAACCUCAUAUUAUCACUCAAUUCUGCCCAGCGGGCUCUUUCUCGUGCUCGUUCUGCAGUAGCCUCCUCAUCACUUCCACGCAAAUUCAACUUUUCCGUGCUUGAAGAAUCCCGCCAGCGUUCUAUCCGCGAGCAAGAGACUAAGAUUGCCACCCUAACGACCGAGAUUGACGAAGUUAGAAAGGAAAUCUCAUGGAAUAAGGACGUUGUCGUCGGCGAGCUGGCGGGGUGGAGUUCCUGGAGAGAACAGACUGGUAGACAGGCUAUUCGGAAUUUUGUCAAGACGACACUCAUCAGGGAGAAAGAGCGCGGUAAACGCAUGGAACGUUGUCUGCGGAUUAUUAAAGGCUAA